AUGGUCGCCCUGAAGGAGGCUCAGGAAAAGACCACCACCUACAUCGUUGGGUUGGAAUCUCGACUCAAUAAUGCCAUAAUCAACGCGCCCUUCACAGGUAUCCUACCACCGGCCGGCCAAACCAGUCAAUCGCCCCGACGAAUCAAGCUCCCCGAUCCUCCCAAGUAUUCGGGAAGGAGGUCGUCAGAAAAUUUUGAAACUUGGUUCACGAACCUGCUCAUCUGGCUCGAUUACAACCAUUUCACUGACGACAAGGACAAAAUUCGUCAAGCCAACGCACAUCUAGAAGGCGGAGCUGCUCUAUACAUGAAAGAGUACGCAAUCAAGCUCGCCUCUGGACAAGACGUUGGUACAUGGGCAGAAUACACCAGGAAACUGGAAAUGGCAUACAAGACGCUUGACCCCAAGCGCACGGCACAAUCCCUGCUAGAUGCACACUGCGCAAUACGCCACAAGACAAUGAUUGCCUUCGCGGAGAAUUUCAGGGCAUACGCCCCCGAAUCAGGAUACUCCGACGAAGACUUAAUCGUCAAAAUCAGGGAACAACGGUCGACCCAUAUCCAAAUGGUCAUGUCGGUAACGGAAACCCUAGAUCCCUCCAAGAUCCCAACCACUUGGAUGGACUAUCUGGAAUUCUGCCUGGAGAUCGAGAUCAAACAUCUCCAGCAGAUGACGGGCAACAAGUCUACCGGACAGACCACGGGAACCAAGGCGACCGCUCCCAAGGACCCUAACGCAAUGGACACCAGUGCACGUAUCGCCCACGAACUAUCCCCGGAACAGGAUAGGUGGCUGGCAAACAAACUAUGUUUGUUUUGCGGAAAGCACGCCUAUGAACGAGGAAAGAGAUGCCCAUCCCCCAAACCUGAAUACAAGGGCAAGCGGUUUCAGACAAGAUCCGCCCCGAAGCAAGGACAGGGAAGAGGAAAGGGCAAGGCGACGAACGUGCGACAGGUGGAAGAAGAAAGUAGCGCGGGCUCAUCAGCUCAAAUUGCGGCACUGGAACAAGCAAUUGCUGCACUUCGCGGGAUGAGCACAACCUCGACUACACCACCGUCCAGCAAGGGUAAAAGCAAGGCGCGCGGUGCAGACACAGAGUCUGCCAUAUCAACAUCUACGGUCAAGGAUACCAACGCGAGAAUCGUCGAGAUAGACGAAUUCUCUGAGGAUUUUCAUUACGAAGUGUAGACGAGUCUGGUGUCGCACUUCAGGACAAUUGUAUUAGUACCGUGAGAACGAAUGUACCUAGCGACCAUCUAUAUAUUGCAUCCGCAGG